AUGAUAUGGGAUAUUAUAUGCCUAAAGAAUAAACCAGUUUACCAUGUUGAUCGUGCGAGCUUGACGUCGGGAAAACCGCAUUGGUCGAGCAAUAAUCGGCCAAAAGGGAAAGCAAUUGAGGACGUGGCUUGGACGCGAGAGAGCGCGUGGACUUCGUCAGAAAAUCCCAACGGAAUAUGCAGAAGAAUAAUCACCCUCUGCUCAGAGGGACACGUGGCGAGAGUACAUUGGUGCAGAGCGAUAGCGGCGAUAGCCACCUCUGACACACGCACACUGUGUGUGUACGGACGGGCAGCGCUGGAAGGACAGCUCAUCAGAUCUGGGCAGCUCCCAGGGCAGGUACGCGGCGUUCUACCGGCGAGGAGGAGGAAGACGAGCCGAUUUCAAGUCGGUUGGUGUGUUUUGCAUUACCAAAGGUCUUUCCGCAAUAGGUCUCUCGGCAAUAGGUCUCUCGAAAAUAAGUAUCUCAGAAAUGGGUCUCUCGGCAACAGAUCUCUCGACAACAAGCCUCUCGAAAGAAGGUCUUUCAGAAACAGGUCUCUUAACAACAUGUCUCUCGAAAACAGAUCUCUCGGGAACAGGUCUAUCGUAAAUAGGUAUCUCAGAAAUAGGUCUCUUGGAAUAUGGUCUCUCGACAACAGGUCUUUCGAAAACAAUCUCUCGAAAAUAGGUCUUACAAAAAUAGGUUUCUCGGCAACAGGUCUCUCGGCACUCAUAGGCAUCUCGGCAACAGGUCUCUCGCCAAAAACAGGGCUUCCGACAAUAGGUCUCUCGGCAAAAAGGUCUCUCCGCACACGUGGGUUUCUCGGCAAUAGGUUUCUCAAUAACAGGGCUCUUAGAAACAAGUCUCUCAGAAACAGGUCUUUCGGCAACAGGUCUCUCAGCACGCACGGGUCUCUUGGCAAUAGGUCUCUAGACAACAGGUCUCUCAGAAAUAGGUCUCGUGAAAAUAGGUCUCUUGGCACGCACAGGUCUCUCGACCACAGGACUUUCAGAAACAUAUUUCUCAAAUACAGGUCUCUUAGAAACAGGUAUCUCGAAAACAAGUCCCUCGGUAACAGGUCUCUCAGAAACAGGUCUUUCAGCAACAGGUCUCUCGACAAUAGGUCUCUCGAAAACAAGUCUUUCAGAAACAGGUCUCUCGGCAACAAGUCACUAGAAAAUAGGUCACUCGAAAACAGGUCUAUCUGCAACAGGCCGCUCGGAACGCACGGGUCUCUUGGCAACAGGUCUCUCGGCAAAAGGUCUCUCGGAAACAUGUCUCUUCGAAAUAGGUGUCUCGAAAAAAGGUCUCUUAGAAACAAGUCUCUCGGCAACAGGUCUCUGGACAACAAGUCUCUCGACAAUUGGUCUCUUGAUAAAAAGUCCCUCAGAAUUAGGUCUCUCAGCAAUAGUCUUUCGGAAGCAGGUCUCUCGGCAACAGGUCACUCGGCAACAGGUCUCUCGGUCGCACAAGUCUCUCAGCAACAGGUCUCUCGAAAACAAUCUCUCGAAAAUAGGUCUCUCGGAAACAGGUUUCUCGGCAAUAGGUCUCUCGGCACUCAUAGGCAUCUCGGCAACAGGUUUCUCAAUAACAGGGCUCUCAGAAACAAGUCACUCAGAAACAGGUCUUUCGGCAACAGGUCUCUCGGCACGCACGGGUCUCUUGGCAAUAGGUCUCUGGACAACAGGUCUCUCAAAAAUAGGUCUCGUGGAAAUAGGUCUCUUUGCACGCACGGGUCUCUCGACCACAGGUAUCUAGGAAACAUGUCUCUCAGCACGCAUGGAUCUCUCGGGAACUGGUCUCUCGAAAACGGGUCUCCCAAAAACAGGUCUCUCGGAAUCAAGUCUUUCAGAAACAGGUCUCUCGGCAACAAGUCACUUGGAAACAGGUCACUCGAAAAUAGGUCUAUCUGCAACAGGCCGCUCGAAACGCACGAGUCUCUCAGCAAAAGGUCUCUCAGAAACAUGUCUCUUGGAAACAUGUCUCUUGGAGAUAGGUCUCUCGGAAAAAGGUCUCUUAGAAACAGGUCUCUCAGCAACAGGUCUCUCGACAACAUGUCUCUCGACAAUUGGUCUCUUGAUAAAAAGUCCCUCAGAAAUAGGUAUCUCAGCAACAGGUCUUUCGGAAACAGGUCUCUCAGCAACAGGUCUCUCGGCACGCACGGGUCCCUCAACAACAAGUCUCUCGAAAACAGGCCUCUCAUAAACAGAUCACUUGGAAAUAGGUCUCUCGGAAACAAGUCACUUGGAAACAGGUCUCUAGGCACGCACGGUUCUAUCGGCAAUAGGUCUCUCAACAACAAGUCUCUCAGAAACAGGUCUUUCAGCAAUAGGUUCAUCGGACGCAGGUCUCUCAGCACGCACGGGUCUCUCGCAAAAGGUCUCUCGACAACAGGUCUCUCAGAAACCGUUUUCUGGGUAGCAGGUCUCUCGGCAUGCACAGGCCUCUCGGAAAUAGGUCUUUCGGCAACACGUCUCUCAGAAUGCACGGGUCUCUCUGAAACAGGUCUCUCGAAAACAGGUCUCUCGGCAACAGGUCUCUCGAAAAUAAGUCUCUCGGCACGCACGGGUCUCUCAGCCACAUGUCUCUUGACAAACGGGUCUUACGAAAAUAAGUCACUCAGAAACGGGUCUCACGACAACAGGUCUCUCAGAAACAGGUCUCUCGGCAACAGGUCUCUCGACAACAAUUCUCUAGCCAACAGGUCAUUCGGCACGCACAAGUGUCUCGACAAUAGGUCUCUCAUAAACAGGUCUAUCGGUAAUAGGUCUCUCGGAAGCAGGUCUCUCAGAAACAGGUCUCACUCGACAAUAGGUCUCUCGGCACGCACAAGUUCCUCGGCAACAGGUCUCUCGACAACAGCUCUCUCAGAAAUAAGUCUUUCGAAAAUAGCUCUCUCGACAACCAGUCUCUUGGAAAUAGGUCACUCUGAAACAGGUCUAUCGGCACGCACGAGUCUCUCAACAACUAGUCUCUCGACAACAGGCCUCUCAGAAAGAGGUCCCUCAGAAAAUAGGUCACUCGACAACAGGCCUCUCGAAAACAGGUCUCUUGGCAACAGGUCUCUAGGCACGCACGUGUCUCUCGGCAAUAGGUCUCUCAACAACAGGUCUCUCAGAAAUAGGUCUCUUAGCAACAAGUCUAUCAGACGCAGGUCUAUUGGAAAAUGGUCUGUCGACAAUAGGUCUCUAAGAAACAAUCUCUCGAAAAUAGGUCUCUCGGAAACAGGUUUCUCGUUAACAGGUCUCUCAGGAUGCACAGACCUCUCGGCAACAGGUCUCUCGAUAAAAAGGUCUCUUACCACGCGUGGGUCUCUCGACAACAGGUCUCUCAACAACUGGGAUCUCAGAAACAGGUAUUUCGGAAACAGGUCUCUCGGAAACAGGUCUCUCGGCACACACGAGUCUCUUCGAAAUAGGUCUCUCGACAACAGGUCUCUAAGCAACAGGUUUUUUGGCGCGCAUGGCUCUCUUGGGAUCAGGUCUCUCGAAAACAGGUGUCUCAGAAACCGGUCUCUCGAAAAUAGGUCUCUAAAACAUAGGUCUCUCGGCAACAGGUCUCUCGACAACAGCUCUCUCGAAAACAGGUGUUUUAGAAACAGGUCUAGCGGCAACAUGACUCUCGAAGAGGUCUCUCAGAAACAGGUCUCUCAGCACGCACGGGUCUCUCGGCAACAGGUCUCUCGGCCGCACUGGUCUCUCGGCAACAGGUCUCUCAAAAAUAGGUCUCUUGGAAAUUGGUCUCUCGGCAACAAGUCUCUUGGAAAUAGGUCUCUCAUCAACAGGUCUCUCAACAACAGAUCUCUCGAAAAUAGGUCAAUUGUCACACACAGGUCUCUCGGAAACAGGUCUCUCGGCAGCAGGUCUCUCAGCUCGCAUGGGUCUCUGGGCAACAGGUCUCUCUACAACAUGUCUCUCCAAAACAAGUCUCUAGGAAAUAGGUCUCUCUGCAACAAGUCUUUCGGAAACAGGUCUCUCAGAAAUAGGUCUCUCGGCAACACGUCUCUCAGAAUGCACGGGUCUCUCGACAUCAAGGCUCUCGAAAACAGGUCUCCAAGCAACAGGUCUCUUGACGACAUGUCUCUCGGCGCGCACGAGUCUUUCUACACGCACGGGUCUCUCGGCAACAGGUCUCUCAGAAACAGGUCUCUCAGAAACAAAUCUCUCGGCAACAAGUCUAUUGGAAACAGGUCUCUCAAAAAAAGGUCUCUCGGCACGCACCGAUAUCUCGGCAACUGGUCUCUCGACAACAGGUAUCUCGGCAACACGUCCCUCGGCAUGCACAGGUCUCUCAGCAACAAGUCUAUCGAAAACAGGUCUCUCGACAUGCAUGGGUCUCUCGAGAACAAGUCUCUUGAAAAAAUGUCUCCUGACAACAGGUCUCACGGUAACAGGUCUCUCAACACGUACGGGUCUCUCGGUAACAGGUCUCUCGGAAGCUGGUCUCUCGACAAUAGGUCUCUCAGCAAUCACGGGUCUCUCGGCAACAAGUCUCUUAGAAACAGCAGGUCUCUCGGUACGCACGGGUCUUUCGAAAAUAGGUCUCUCAGAAACAAGUCUCUCGACAACAUGUCUCUCAAAUAUAGGUCUUUGGAAACAGGUCUCUCGGCCAACAGGUCACUCGGAAACAGGUCUCUCAGCAACACAGCUCUCGGCACUUAUGGGUUUCUCGGCAACAGGUCUCUCGGCAUCAGGUCUUUCAAAAACAGGUCUGUCAGCACGCAGAGGUCUUUCAACAACAGGUCUCUUAAAAACAAGUCUCUCGGAAAUAGGUCUCUAGACAACAGGCCUCUCAGAAACAGGUCUCUCGGCAACAAGUCUUUAGGAACACACGGGUCUCUCGACAACAGGUCUCUCGGAAACAGGUCUUUCGAAAAUAGGUCUCUCGGGAACAGGUCUAUUAGAAACAGGUUUCUCGGAAACACGUCUCUAGGCAACAGGUCUCUCGUCACACACGAAUCUCUCGGCAACAGGUAUUUCGACAACAUGUCUCUCUUCACGCACGGGUAUCUCGACAACAAGUCUCUUGACAAAAGGUCUCUUGGAAAUAGGUCUCCCGGCACGUACGAGUCUCUCUGCAAUAGGUCUCUCUACAACUGGUGUCUCAGAAACAAUUCUUUUGGCAUGCACGGGUCUCUCAGCAAUAGAUCUUUCGACAACAGGUCUCUCGUAAACAAGUCUCGCAGAAAAAGGUCUCUCGGAAACAAGUCUAUCAGUAACAAGUCUCUCAGCACGCAUGAGUCUCUUUGCAAUAGAUCUCUCUACAGCAGGUGUCUCGGAAACAGUUCUCUCAGAAACAAUUCUUUUGGCAUGCACGCAUCUCUCGGCAAUAGGUCUUUCGAAAACAGGUAUCUCGGAAAUAAGUCUCGCAGAAAAAGGUCUCUCGGAAACAAGUCUCUCAGAAACAGGUCUCUCGGCAAUAGGUCUCUCGAAAACAAGUAUCUCAAAAAUGGUGGUCUCUCGGCAACAGAUCUCUCGGCACGCAUGGGUCUCUCGGCGACAGAUCUUUUGGCACGCACAGGUUUCUCAGCAACAGUUCUCUCGGCACUCAUAGGCAUCUCGGCAACAGGUCUCUCGCAAAAAACAGGGCUCCCGACAAUAGGUCUCUCGGCAAAAAGGUCUCUCUGCACGCGUGGGUUUCUCGGCAACAGGUUUCUCAAUAAUAGGGCUCUUAGAAACAAGUCUCUCAGAAACAGGUCUCUCGGCAGGCACAGGUCUCUUGGCAAUAGGUCUCUGGACAACAGGUCCCUUAGAAACAGGUAUCUCGAAAACAAGUCUUUCGGUAACAGGUCUCCAAGAAGCAGGUCUCUCAGCACGCAUGGGUCUCUCGGGAACUGGUCUCUCGACUAUUGGUCUCUCGAAAUCAAGUCUUUCAGAAACAGGUCUCUCGGCAACAAGUCACUUGGAAACAGGUCACUCGGAAACAGGUCUAUUUGCAACAGGCCGCUCAGAACGCACGAGUCUCUCGGCAAAAGGUCUCUUGGAAACAUGUCUCUUGGAAACAUGUCUCUUGGAAAUAGGUCUCUCGGAAAAAGGUCUCUUAGAAAAAGGUCUCUCAACAACAGGUCUCUCGACAAUUGGUCUCUUGAUAAAAAGUCCCUCAGAAAUUGGUCUCUCAUCACAGGUCUUUUGGAAACAGGUCUCUCGGCAACAGGUCUUUCGGAAACAGGUCCCUCGGAAAAUAAGUCACUCGGCAAUAGGUCUCUCGGUCGCACAGGUCUCUCAGCAACGUGUUUCUCAACAUGUCUCUCGAAAAUAGAUCACUCGAAAAUAGGUCUCUCGCGCAAGUCUCUCGGAAACAGGUCUCUUGGCAACAGGUCUCUAUGCACACACGGUUCUAUCGGCAAUAGGUCUCUCAACAACAGGUCUCUCGGAAACAGGUCUUUCAGCAACAGGUCCCUCGGACGCAGGUCUCUCGGCAAUAGGUCACUCGACACGCACGGGUCUCUCGCAAAAGGUCUCUCGACAGCAGGUGUCUCAGAAACAAGUCUCUCCGCCAACAGGUCUCUCGGAAACCGUUUUCUGGGCAACAACUCUCUCGAAAACAGGCCUCUCAUAAACAGGUUUGUCAAAAACAGGUCUCUUGGCAACAGGUCUCUAGGCACGCACGGUUCUAUCGGUAAUAAGUCUCUCAACAACAGGUCUCUUGGAAACAGGUCUUUCAGCAACAGGUCCCUCGGACGCAGGUUUCUCGGCACGCACGGGUCUCUCGCAAAAGGUCUCUCGACAGCAGGUGUCUCAGAAACAAGUCUCUCCGCCAACAGGUCUCUCGGAAACCGUUUUCUGGGCAACACGUCUCUCGGAAUGCACGGGUCUCUCGGAAACAGGUCUCUCAGAAAUAGGUCUCUAAGCAACAAGUCUUUUGACAACAUGUUUCUCAAGAACAGGUCUCUCGGAAACAGGUCUCUCGGCAUGCACGAGUCUCACUGCACGCACAGAUCUCUCGGCAACAUGUCUCUCAGAAGCAGGUCUCUCAAAAGCAAAUCUCUCAGCAACAAGUCUCUUGGAAACAGGUCUCUCAGAAACAAGUCUCUCAAAAACAGGUCUCCUGGCAACAGGUGUCUUGGCAACAGCUCUCUCGACAACAAGCCUCUCAAAAAUAGGUCUCUCGACAAUAGGUCUCAUGGAAACAGGUCUCUCAAAAAAAGGUCUCUCGGCACGCACCGGUAUCUCGGCAACUGGUCUCUCGAAAACAGGUCUCUCAACAACAAGUCUCUCAAAUAUAGGUCUCUCAGAAACAAAUCUCUCGGUAACAGGUAUCUCGGCAACACGUCACUGCGCACGCACGAGUCUCUCGGCAACACGUCACUGCGCACGCACGGGUCUCUCAGCAACAAGUCUAUCAAAAACAGGUCUCUCGACAUGCACAGGUCUCUCGACAACAAGUCUCUCGAAAAAAUGUCUCCCGAUAGUAGGUCUCUCAGCAAUAGGUCUCUCAACAACAGGUCUCUCAGAAACAAGUCUAUUAGAAACAGGUCUCUCGACAACAGGAUUCUAGGAAACAUGUCUCUCAGAAACAGGUCUCUCGACAACAGGUCUCUCAAUACGCACGGGUCUCUCGACAACAAGUCUCUCGGAAGCUGGUCUCUCGACAAAUGGUCUCUCAGCACUCACGGGUCUAUCGGCAACAAGUCUCUUAGAAACAGGUCACUUGGAAAUAGAUCUUUCGGCAACAGGUUUUCAGAAACAGGUGUGUCUCUGAAGCAGAUCUCUCAGCAGCAGAUAUGGUUCCACCAGUACUUGAAAGAGAAAUUCUUAUACUGCAAGCCUUCCCAUUUGACAGAGAUGAUCGGCCCAAGCGUGGCAUCCACCUUUGUUUCCUCUAUUGAGCUUGUCUUCUCCGACGGCGCGCUUCCCCUCGGUUUAAGCGACAGUGGUGGUGUUUUAGGGCGGCUCUCCGGCGGUGAGGGCGGGGCGGCGUGUUCAGUCCGUCGGGCCUCCGGUAGUUUUGAGGGCUCUAGUCGGGGUUGUGUGGAGGUAGGAGUUGGUGUGGGUCUUCCGAGUGCGGCUCCGAGUUGGUCUUUGGCUCGUUUGGGGUGGAUCUAUGUUAGCAAGUCAUCUUUGGGGGAAGGGAGUGGAUAUAUUGCGUCAUGA